CUGCAGAAUAUUUCAAGCACAGCAGCUGAGCGGUGGUUUGGGUCUGCACAAGGGUUUGUGACCCUUUCUCUCUCCAGCAUUUCAUGACAGAGCUGAUUAGACUCACUUGAGAGUCUUUUGUUAUGGAUCACUAGAGCUGAGAUCAUUGAUAAGCAGCUGAAACAAGGAGAAAGAGCCAGUGCUCUGUGACCAGCUAGCUCUCUGCUGAGCCUCACCGAGCAGCCUGCAGAUCACUCUCUGAGAUCCUCUGAGCUACACAAUUUUACCACGUGCUGGUCUUUGGAAAGUCACUCUCAAUUGGAAGAGUUUACGACUGUUACCCUGUGGGUGGCACUCACUCUUUUCUGGGCCCUUCACAUUCCUCUCUCUGCUGAGCAGCUCUGAGCUCCCAGCCAGCCGAUACUGAUUGCAGCCAGAAGAUACAGGAAAGCAAUGUGCUCCACUUGCUACAUGGGUCAAUCAGAGAAUGGAGGAGAGACAGCUAAGGCACUUACUAACCCUCCAGGUUCACAGACAAAAAACAGACCAGAUGAAUCUCACUUUUGGAUUUGCCGUAUCCUCUGGAAAUAUAGAUUGGUCCAGUUUAUAGUUUUUCUCAUUAUUGCUAUUAUUGUUUUGGCAGUGGUUAGCAGAAGGCUCUGCCCAAAUCAUGCUGCUACCACAUGUCCAGUCGAUUGGAUCGGGUCCCAAGGCAGAACAUACCCAUGGAAAUGCUACUACUUCUCCCAGGUCGAUGGGGACUGGAACUCCAGCCAGAGAAACUGCUCUUCGCUCGGUGCCUCCCUGGCUACAGUUGACACCUGGGAGGAAAAGGAGUUCAUGCUGCACUAUAAGGGACGCUCAGAAACCUGGAUUGGCCUUACCAGGGAAGAAGAAGACAAGCCCUGGAAAUGGGUAAAUGGCACCCCAUUCAAGGACCAGUUUCCAAUAAGGGGAGGAGGUGAAUGCGCGUAUCUGAAUGACGACAAAGGUAUCAGCAGCUCAAGAUGCAGCACAGGGAGACGCUGGGUCUGCAGCAGGCCAGACUGAUGCACAAAGCCAAGGCAAAAGACAAUGCGAGGCUUUCGGAAUGAGGGAGAGUGAUUAGUCGUCACUUUGCUUUCUGAACUGGAGAUAUUGACCCUUGUCGACUCACUGAGGACUGGUCCAAACCUGUGUUUCGAUGGAAAAUUGGGCUGGGAAAUGUAGUUCUCAUAGAUUCUGAGGCCAGAAGGGACCACUGUGAUCCCCUCUCCUAGAUGGGAGACUGCGGUGCAUUGUGGGAGACGUAGUCUGACCAAGACGCCUGGCAUGUAGAGGAGAAUGGGAGCAUGAGGAAACAGAACUACAUCUCCCAUGAGGUACCACAGCAGCAUUUCCAAAUCAAAGUAUUUCAAUUUUGGAUAAAAAAAUUGAAGUUUUCUACACAAAACCCCUCCCCUAUAUUCUGACCAGCUCUGGUCUCAACUAAUGUGCCAAAGUGUCAGCAUUAGGGCCUUCACUAACGUAAAAGUUAUUUUUCUGAAUAUUAAUAUAUUUUUCCAUAUGACCAGCUACCAAAACCAUCAAAGAAAACACUAUGUUCUUCCCUUUCUCUUGAAGCAAUACCUCUCCUACCAGCUUCUUAAGCUGGAUGUUGCAAACAAGCUGUUACCAAAGGACUGUAAUCACGCUGCUUUUCCUGUAGUGUUAAAUGAGAAGACGGUCUUGAUGUGGAAAAGGUUGAGCCCCCUUGAUCUACCCACUGCACAAACAAUUCACGAACAGGCAUUCUCAUGUUAGUCAAUAAAAAAGUGGGAGAGACACUCUGCGUAUUGGACC